AUGGUUUAUACGAUAUCAUGGGGCGAUUUUAUCCAGGCAACAAGAGAUAUCAUUUCGAAGUCUCCAGAAAAAACAAGAUACGUUAUUAAAUUACAUAGGCCGACUGAAUCAAUUAUAUUAAAAGUUACGGAUAACAGAAAUAGCAUAAUGUAUAGAAUAAGUAAGAAUGAAAACUUAAAAAAGGUUGAAGAGUUAAAUUCUCUUUUUUUGAUGUGGGGAACAAAUGAAAAUCCGAAUGAAGCUUUUCCUCUAAAAAUAAACAGAAGCAUAGAUAAAUCGUUCAGUGAACAAAAGGUGAAAAAAAAGAUAAGUAAAGAAAAAGAGUAA